GAGCGACUCAACGUGCAGGACUACAAAGCCCGAAAACCUCAGCGACGGGCGCCCGUAAAUAGUGGGAAAGCAGCCUUGAUUAAGCAGUAACCGAGCAGUCGAUAGACAAGAACCAGAGGCUGGGGUUAUGAAGCAUUUCAGAGCAGCUAGCUCGCGUUGUAGGGUAACUGUCUGAAGUGGAAGUACGUUGCGAUAUGAAGGCUGGAGUCAGAAUGCUAGUGGGUUUUGCCGGCUGCUCGAAAUUCUCUGGUUUCGAUGAAGCGUGCCGGUUGUUUGUCCUGCUGAAGUCGGCCAUGUUGGCGGCUGACGGUUGAUGCUGGGCAGUGUUCGCUCGGGGCCGCGGCCGCUUACAUGGGGCUGCGCUUUCCACACGCUCUCUCGGUUAUGAGGAGUUUCUUAGGUUGUGACUUUGAUCUUUAUUUCGCAUAAAACUUUAAAGCAGCAAAAGAAAACGGUGCGUCUGGCGCUUUAACUCAAGGAGCGGAAUGUUUUCUAAAAAAACUCACGGCGACGUGAAGAAAUCGACACAGAAAGUCUUGGAUCCGAAGAAAGAUGUCCUGACUAGAUUAAAGCAUCUGAGGGUUGUCAUAGAAAACUCUGAACCAAAUGAUUUGAAGCCAUUCUUUGAUCAAACAUAUUCACACAUUUACUAUGUAUUCUUUGAAAAUUUUGUGACCAUUGAAGCCAGCCUAAAGCAAAAAGGUCACAAAUCACAGAGGGAAGAAUUGGACUCUAUUCUUUUUAUUUUUGAGAAAAUUUUGCAACAUCUUCCAGAAAGAAUUCAGACAAGAUGGCAGUUCCACAGCAUAGGCUUGAUUUUAAAGAAACUCCUUCAUGUUGGGAACUCCCUGAAGAUUCGAAGGGAAGGUGUGCGCCUCUUUUUGUUAUGGAUGCAAGCACUCCAACACAAUUGCACUGAAGAACAGCUGCUGAUUUUUGCCUGUCUUAUUCCUGGCUUUCCAGCUCUGCAAUCUGAGCAUGGGCCUCGAACACUAGACAAUCUAAUUAACUCUCCGCUUCAUCUUCAGGAAACUCAAGUCACUCCAGAGGAAAUCACUCCUCUUGUACCCCCACAAUCAGGAGAUAAAGGACAAGAUGAUCUUACGAGCUACUUUCUUGAUGCUCUGCUAAAAUAUAUGGCAAAGGGAUUAGAAUGGAAAGACAAAGGAAAUCAGGAGAAAGGGUUUGCAUUCUUAUUUGCAAAUUUCAAGAAGUACUAUCUGCCUCACAUAUUUCCCAAUUUUUCAAGAGAGACCAGCUUAUUUAAUCCAAUACUUGAUGUUCCACAAUUAAGAUCAAAACCAUAUUAUGUGAUAACAAAGAAAGACCCAGAAACUAAUGAAGCAACGUAUUGUACUAAAGAUGCAUUUUUAUCAGCUCGUGUUUCUGUCAUCCGAUGGUUGGUAUCUUUCUGGUUUGAGCCAAAAGUUAAUCCAGGGCUUCAGAUUCCUGGAAUUGAAGGUGAAAGUGUACCAAAGAACAUUCAGAGAGCAGCUGCUGGUUUAGCUGCUCGGGAGGAUGGCUCUUGUCGUGCAGACUCUGGAGAUGGUAGCACAGAACUGGAACAGUCGCAUUCUAACACCAGUACCUUAACUGAACGUGAACCCAGUUCAUCUAGUUUGUGUAGUGUUGAUGAAGAACAUCUAACAGAUAUGGAAAUAGUGCGGAAAGUUUUUUAUUCCUCAAGGGAGAAUGUCAAUUUUAUUAUUGAAGUUUUUCGACAGGCUUUUCUGCUGCCUAUCUGUGAAGCUGCAGCCAUGAGAAGAGUUGUUAAGGUUUAUCAAGAGUGGAUUCAGCAAGAGGAUAAGCCUGUAUUUAUGAAAGAGGCUGAGGACUUGGGUUAUUCCCCUUCAACAAGUGUCAUAAAUUUAGUUAGUGCUGGAGAACAAAGAGGCUCUUAUCCACCAGAAAAAAAGGAGCAGGAGGAGGAUAAAGUAACCAAAGUAUCAGGCCAUGUUAGGAAUCCAAGCUGGACAAGAAAUUCAUCCUACCAGAAUGCAAUUAAUAAAGCACCUGAAUCAGAAGAAGAAGACAGAAAUGUGUAUGCAGGCGUUCAAGCAUCAUUGCAGGUCUUUAUAACAAACUCUGCAAAUAUAUUGCUACUGGAACCUGCCAAUGAAAUUGGGGCCCUUUUGGAUGAGCAUGUAGAUAUGUGUAAACGUGUUCUCAACAUUUACAGAUACAUGGUUGUCCAUACAACAAUGAACAAGAAAACCUGGGAGCAACUGUUGCUGAUUAUGUUGAGGAUUACAGAAUCUGUUAUGAAGCGACCACAGCAAGCUCUGCCACUGUCUCAAGGGAGAAAAAAUUCUCUGUUAGCAGGACGACUUGCUACACCGCUCUUUCGGACACUCAUAGUGGCCUGGAUCAAAGCAAAUUUGGAUGUGUAUGUUUCCCGGGACCUAUGGGAUGAACUAUUGGUGGUUUUGUCAUCACUUACAUGCUGGGAAGAACUGAUCACUGAAUGGGCAAUGACAAUGGAAACCUUGACCAAAGUAUUAGCUCGGAACUUGUACAAUCUAGACUUGCAUGAUCUGCCUUUAGAUAAAUUGAGUGAACAAAAACAGAAAAAACACAAAGGAAAAGGUGGUAGUCAUGGAUGUCAGAGGACUGCCGUUGAUAAAUCAUUUUCAAGAGGUUGGAGCCGUGAUCAACCUGGACAAGGUCAAAUGAGGCAACGAAGUGCAACCACUGCUGGUUCUCCCGGAACAGAAAAAGCAAGAAGCAUAGUACGACAAAAAACUAUAGAUCUUGAUGAUGUCCAAAUUUUGGCAAGGCCUACUCGAAUAAGGCAUUAUUCUCAGAGUGAAGAAAAUGCCUCUGAAGUAUUCAGCACUGCACGUGAAGAGCAGGCAAUGCCACGAAGCAGCAGCACAUCAGACAUAAUGGAACCAUUCAUAGCUGAAAGAGCUAAAGGUGCAGUUCCUGUCAUUGACAGCUCAUCAGUUCCUUCAAGUUUGCAAAGCUCUGCUGAGAUGUUCUCAUUAUCUAGGUCCAUUGAAACUCACUUUACAGAUGCACAAAGUACAGAAGGCUCUCUGGAAGUCGGUGAUAGUAUUUAUGAUCAUCUUUGUCAUGUAGAUGUAGAAGCUGUAGCACCUUAUUAUGAGUACAGUCAGCACACAGUAGAUGACAGUGAGCCAGACUUGCUGUCCUCCAUACAGAAAUAUUUUAAUGAGACUAUUCAAGAGUCUGAGCAUACCCAACAGAAAUUGGGGAAAGAUAAAACUAGUGUUCCUUUAAAUGAAGAUAAUGAGUUGAUGGUAGGUGAGAUGGAUUUGGACUGUGUGGGACUAGUAAGAAUGUACAGUGCUUAUGGCCAGGAUGUGAUUUUGGGAGGGGAAACUGACACACAGGUAAAAAUGCGAGACUUCGAAAAUGCUGAAAACUCUCUUCCGUGUCCAGAAGAGGAUUUUUUGAGUAUUGAUACAUUUUCUACUGGAGAAAAUAAGGUACCAGAGACUAAUAUUGAACAGCAUAAUUGCAAACAAGUUGAAAGCUUUGACCAGGGAAUUUCAUCAAAGAUGGAGUCAGAAAAUCCAGAUUGCAAACAGAGGAGAAAAGUCUUUACUCGCCAGAAGGCAACUGAGGUAGAACGUGGAAAUAUGGUAUUAUCAACGAAUCAUCAUAGGUCCAUGCAGAAUUUCAACAAAGUAGCAGGUCAUAGUAAAAGGAAGCAGCUAGCUGAUGCAAAUUAUCAAACUUCAAAUGUCACUGAACUUGCCAGUGAGAUAACUGAUGCAUAUAGCAUGUAUUCAAAUAAAAUUCCACAUGGUACCACAAUUACUGACCCACUUGCAGCUUUAAGUGCACAAAAUCCUACAGCUAACCAAGAAAUCACUGCAGCAUCACCAGAGACACAGUUCUUAAGCAUAGCAAAUAAGAAAAAGAAUGGGAGCUUGCAUGUUAGUUUUAGUCCGUCUACUGAGUCUGUGCAGUUCUACAGCCCAUUGGACAGUAAGGAAGCUCACUGGAAGUUCAGGCUUCGAAGACUUAGUGGUUUCAGCAGUGGUUCAUCGGCGCCAACUGAUUCAGUGAAACCUGGUGUCUAUAGACUUCUAGACACUAGAGUUUCUCAAAAUGAAUGCAAGAACCGGAAGUCAACAUUGAUUACUGCUGCAAAUGUCCCAAUACUGAAGGGAAGUACAGGUGCUAGUCAGGUGGCUGGUCAUGAAACAAUCAGGUCCUGUAGCUUACAGGAAUCAGUGCAGCAGCAAAGUUCCCUAGGUGGUGUUUAUAGAACUGUCGUACACGCUUUUUCAAAGUCGAAGGCAAAUGUUUCCCCACAGAGGCAGAGAAAAGUACCAGCAGAGGCUCCACUGAGGGAUCUGUACAGUCAUGUUUUGGGAUAUUUUGGAAGGAAAGUUGCAGUCAACAAGGAGGAGCCUAAUCAAAAACCUCGACCUUUCAGCACUGAUAUUGGAAAUAGUAGUAAUCCCAACAUUAGUGAUCUUAUGGAUGAGUUUAUAGCAGAAAGAUUACGAACUGGUACUUCAGUGAAUAUUUUGAGAAGAGGAAGCAGUCCUGGUAGUUUGGAAGUGCCAAAGGACCUUCCUGAUUUGUUGAACAGACAGAAUCAGACACGACCUGUCGAUGACCCUGGCGUCCCAUCUGAGUGGACAUCCCCAGCCAGUGCUGGAAGCAGUGAUCUCGUUAGUUCUGAUAGCCAUUCAGAUUCUUUCAAUGCUUUUCAAUAUGAUGGACAAAAAUUUGAGAGCUUUUGCUUCGGCAGUGAAGCCAUUUCUACCUUGUACACUGAAGCAGAUCCAGGACCUCCACGACAAAGUGCUGAGGAACAAGAAUUGGCAAGUUUAACUGCUAUGCACAUUAAUUCUGAAACGAGCAGCCUCAAUCUACAGACAGCGUCUGCUGACACAGUCACAAUCACAGGCUCUGAGAGUGCUUCUCCAACUCAUUCAAAUCCCUGCUCAAGAUCUCAGACACCCUCUCCAUCCACUUUGAAUGCUGAUCCAGUAGAUCAAAAAGAUUUGCCACUGGAUGAAAAAUUGCACCAUUCAGUCUUGCAGACUCCAGAUGACUUGGAAAAUAGUGAGUUUCCAAAUGAAGAUUGCAGUGUGAUGGCAGGUGGGAGUCUCAAAGGGUGGCAUGAAGAUGUUGCCACAGUUAUGUGGAGACGAAUGCUUGGCAUUUUGGGUGAUGUGAACUGCAUUAAGGAUCCUGAAAUUCAUGCACAAGUCUUUGACUAUUUGUGUGAACUCUGGCAGAAUUUGGCCAAGGUGAGAGAUAAUCUUGGAAUUACAAUAGACAAUCAGACCUCCCCACCUCCUUCAGUUUUGAUACCACCUCUCAGAAUUCUAACUCCAUGGCUUUUUAAGGCAACAACAUUACCAGAAAAAUACAAACAAGGAAAGCUUCAUGCAUAUAAGCUUAUCUGCAAAAUUAUGAAACGCCGUCAAGAUGUUUCACCCAAUUCUGAUUUCUUGGUUCACUUCUAUAAUAUUAUGCACAGUGGACUCCUAAAUCCUGAUCAGGAUAUAGUGAAUACUAUCAUCAAGCAUUGUUCUCCAAGGUUCUUUUCUAUUGGAUUGCCUGGUGCUACCAUGCUAAUUUGGGACUUUAUAGUUGCUGCCAGCAAAGUGACCUUCUCCUCUUCACUCAAUGCUCCAAGAGUUGAAGCUCAGAUUCUUCUGGGUUCUUUAGUUUGUUUCCCAAAUUUAUAUGAUGACCUCCCUACGUUACAACCUUCUCUUACUGAUAUUUUAUCCACAAAAUGUAAUGAUGUUAAGGAACUUGUAAUUAAGAGUAUUUUAAAGUCAGCAAGGGAAGAACCUUCUGGGCCAGCUAGAUGUGUUGCACUAUGCAGCCUUGGCAUUUGGCUUUGUGAAGAGUUAGUACAUGGCACUCAACAUCCUCAGAUCAAAGAUGCUCUAAAUGUAAUUUGUGUAACCUUAAAGUUCCCAAACAAAGCUGUUGCACAAGUGGCUUGUGAUAUUUUACAUCUAUUGAUCAAUUAUGUGGACAAGUUGCAGAAUUAUCCACCAGAUUCUCCGAAAAAGAUUCUUGAGAUUUUGAUGGCAACAAUUACCUACCUACUGCCAAGCACUGAAGUAUCCCCACAUGAACAAGAUAAAAGGCUAGUAGUAUCCUUAUUGCUGUGCCUUUUGGACUGGUGUAUGGUGCUGCCUUUGAAAACACUGCUACAAGUUGUCCAAGCUGCAGGACAAGAUAAGGACAAUUCAGACAAAUCUAUCCUCAGUUGCAUUUACAAGGUGCUGCAUAGCUGUGUGUAUGGAGCUCAGUACUUAAGUAAUCCUAGAUACUUUCCUCUGAACUUGUCAGAUCUAGCCUCUGUUGAAUAUGAUCCAUUCUUACAUUUGGAAAGCUUGAAAGAACCAGAACCUUUGCACUCUCCUGACUCCGAACGCUCAUCAAAACUCCAAACUGUCACUGAAGUGAGGAGUCGCAUUCAGCAAGGCUUGAUUUCAGUUGCUGCCCGGACUGUGAUAAUACAUUUGGUAAAUCAUGUUGGCCAUUAUCCAUUGAGUGGUGGCCCAGCAAUGCUGACCAGUUUGAUAAGUGAAAACCAUGACAAUCCCUUCACUGACUGUACUGAGCUUUCCCCUGAACUCUUUGAGAAUCCAAAUCUCCAGUUUUUUGUGUUGAACAGUUCCACUCUUAUCUCAUACUUGGAAAUCCCUGUUGAGGGUAAUAUCCCUGGAGGAGGGAUGUCAGCUGGACUCUCAACAGCUACCUCAAAUGUUAGAGUUGUGAUGCGUGAUAUAUCUGGUAAGUACUCCUGGGAUUCUGCAAUUCUAUAUGGGCCACCUCAUUGCUGUCAACAAAGGCAAAUUGCUCACCAGUUCACAAAUCUUCAUAAAGAAGAACAAAUGGCAGAACCUGUCUUCAGUGAGACAGACAUUACUGAUGCUGAUUUAAGAGAAUAUUUGGUACCUCAAACAAAAAGAAGAUGCAGAGAAAUGGUGCCAUCUUGGGAUGUAAUUCAUGAUGAUGAAGAUGCCUUGGAUGAGAUGCUGCAAUAUCUGGGUUCCACCAGUCCAGAAUGUCUCCAGAGAGCUGGUGUGCAACUUAAUAUCCCUGCUUCCCCUCCAGUUUGUAUUUCAGAAAAACAGGAAAAUGAUGUAAUCAACGCAAUCCUAAAACAGUACACUGAAGAGGAAGAAUUUGUGGAGAAGCAUGGCAAUGACUUGAAUAUGAAGGCAACGGAGCAGGAAGAACCGUGCCCACAGGAACCUCAGUCUGUCUUUUACUACUGCAGGAUGCUGUUAAAUAUUCUUGGCAUGAAUUCCUGGGACAAAAGGACCAGUUUCCAUCUUCUGAAGAAAAAUGAAAAGCUUUUACGAGAACUAAAAAACCUAGACUCUAGACAAUGUCGAGAAACACACAAGAUAGCAGUGUUUUAUGUUGCUGAAGGACAGGAAGAUAAGCAUUCCAUUCUAACAAAUACUGGAGGGAGCCAAUCCUAUGAGGACUUUGUGGCAGGUCUUGGUUGGGAGGUUAACCUUACCAAUCAUUGUGGUUUCAUGGGUGGACUACAAAAAAAUAAGAGCACUGGACUAUCAACUCCAUAUUUUGCUACCUCUACUGUAGAAGUAAUGUUUCAUGUAUCUACAAGAAUGCCUUCUGAUUCGGAUGAUUCUUUAACUAAAAAGUUGAGACACCUAGGUAAUGAUGAAGUACAUAUAGUUUGGUCAGAACAUACAAGAGACUACAGAAGAGGAAUCAUUCCAACAGAGUUUGGUGAUGUCCUUAUUGUUAUAUAUCCAAUGAAAAACUAUAUGUUCAGUAUCCAUGUAAUGAAGAAACCUGAGGUACCAUUUUUUGGCCCACUCUUUGAUGGAGCAAUUGUGGAUGGAAAAGUCUUACCGUGUCUAGUACGAGCUACAGCAAUCAAUGCAAGUCGAGCACUAAAAUCGCUAAUUCCACUAUAUCAAAAUUUCUAUGAGGAGAGAGCUCGAUAUCUGGAAACAAUUGUACAACACCACCAGGAACCAACUACUUUUGAGGAUUUUGCUGCCCAAGUCUUCUGUCCAGCUCCUUGUCAUCAUUUACCAUCUGAUUCAGAAAACAUUGGGCUCAUCAAGGUAAAGGGCAAAGGCUUGAAACGGAAGGUCAUUCACGCUAGCUAUGAAUGGCUCAUGCCCAGAGAAUCAGCAGGUCGAAAGUCCUGCAGCACAGGGAGUGGACGGGAUCGACUUAGCCUCUCCAAUGUCACCUCGUGCUAGCAAGAGUCGUAUGUCUAUGAAAUUGCGACGUUCUUCUGGUUCAGCUAAUAAAUCCUAAUGACCACAUCAUAACAAAUAAUUACACUCUAAUUCCUCAGAACUAGCCUUGUAAAUGCUGUUUUUUUUCUGUUAUGUUGCUGCUUAAACCAAAUGUUUUGCCUUUUGCUAAUUAUUAGAUAUGUAUUUGCCACUCCGUAUUCAUUUGAAACCUGUUCCCUGUAAACUAUUUUUUUAUUAAGAACACUGGAGUUCUAUUUUUAGCUUACCAAAAUAUAUAUUUUAGCAAUCUAUGCUUUGUUGUACAGUGCAGCUGCCCUGCACCCACUUGAUUACUUACCUGUAUAUUUACUGCACUUUCAAUGAAAAACAUUUUCUUGUCCAAUUGUAUUUGGCUAGUUAAACUGAAUGGCCCAUUAGUUAUUGGGGAUUGUCUUUUGGAAAUUAUGAUAAAUUUGCUUUCAUGUACAUUAUCUACUUUGUACAUAGUUUUGAUUUUUCAGUAGAAACAUUUCAGAUUUCUUGUGCACAAUUCAGGAAUGUAAAGUAAGUUUUCAGUUUGUACGUAAAUGUAAAGUUAUGUUUAAGAAUAUAUUCACCAAAUCAAUCUUAUGGCACAGAACAUGUACAGAAUAUUUUCAUUUUAAAUUAUAAGAUAUGAAUUUCCCAAGGAAUGUAAAUGGUCUCUCAGCAUUUCAAUUAUAAAGAUUAGCUUAUGAGGAAAAUUAAUCUCUUAUGCUGAAAUGUAUAGACUUGCUUUUAUUUGAAGCACUGACAUAUCAUAUAUAUAUAUAAAUAUAUAUAUAAACAGACCUAAAACACUGAAAAUGCAGCUGAGUUACACUAUUUACCUUGUGCAUGGCUUCCAACCAAGAAACUAUAGAAAGUGAUACCAGAUUAGAGCCAAGGUGAAAUUUAUUAUUCAAACAUUGAAAAUUCUGUAAGUAUUUAGAUGUGCUCUUAUGGGCUUGCACUCUAUUUUCAAUUUUCUGUGAUCUGUUCACUAAGGGGAAAAGGGAUCAUUAAGAGUGUCUGUAUAAUCAAUUGAACUUGAAUUGAGUCAACUUUAAAUUGCUGAGGUGCACCUGAAUGCACAUUCCAGCUGUUUUGAUGUAUUUUCCUGUAAGGAACCAUUAUUCAUAUUUUGUAGGUAAAUUGGAAUGUUACUACUAACAGUAUGUAGCAUGAUGUCAGUACUAACUGCAUGUGUAAAUAAGUCAUAAGGUAAAAUAUAUAUAUUAUGUAAUGUCAUUCAUGUAGUUGUCUAUAAGAUUUGUAAUGGCUGAAGAAAGAUGUGCUGUUGAAUAUUGCAAUAAAAAAAUAUUCUUACCAUG